UUGGGGUGGAUAGCAAUAGAAAAGGGCAAAGGCCCGACUUCGGCUGCUGCCAGAUGGAGCAUGGGACGUCUAAGUGUUUUAUGCAAGACAACUAUCAAGCAUGUAGCUGACAACAUGAAGGUCUCUAAUGCUCUCAAGACCUUUGAGGUCAUCUUGUAG